AUGUCUAACACUGUAGAAGCAAGUAUGCAAGAACCGCAACCACCACAGGUUGACAAGGUGACCGAGAAGUCAGAAAAUCUCAGCCUCGGGUACGACAGCGAUGAGACCCACGAUAAGUCUGAAGUCCCGGACAGCCCAGGUGAGUCUUCGCCUCCGCCAACUGAUAGUAAGCCCAUGACCCCUGGAUACAACGUGCCAGAUGCAACGAUGCAGGAACCACAACCACCAGAGGUCGAUGAGCUAACAAAGAGACUUGAUACGCUGAGAGUAUCAAGAGAACGUGAGGAAGAACAAGGAGAGGAUGCCGAGGCUGAUGAGAUAACCGAAGCUCAAGCCAUCGUAGACCGAAUCCGUGCUCAUCCUCGUCGUAGAAAACUUGGUCUGCGGGUGCAGGCUUUGAUGUCGAAGUUUGAGAAGGAUGAGAAGUGA